GUUAAAUGACACGGACGCUGGCGCGGAGCAGCCCGGCCUGUGAUUGGCCCACGCCGCACUCCCUGCACCCACCCAGCCGAUCACGACCCCCUAGCCAUGCAACACCCAAAAUGUAGAUAAGACACGCACGACCGCCACCCCCCCCAGCAGCAGCCGCCGGCACCAUGCCUCGCUUCUCCGUGCGCAACGUCGUCGUCGCCGUCAACCUCGCCCUCCUGGUCCUCCUCGCCCUGCACCUCAAACAAGUCCUCUGGGACCCGGACACGCCGUUCCCAGACCUCUUUGCCAGCGACGACGACGGCUACGGCGGCGGCAAUGCACACGAUCUCGAUGCGGAGCGCGGGCUCGACGGCGUGCGCACAGACAACGAGUGGCGCUCCAAAGACGGCAAGACCCUGCAGGUCAACGGCGGGUCGACGAGCAGCAGCGUGCUGGACGCAAAGGGGCGGGCGAAGGAGAGGAAGACGGCGGUGGUGGUAGCCAGCCAGGCGGGCGAGGACGCGGCGUGGAUUGGCGCUGCGUUUCCCGGGUGGACGACGCACGUGUACCGUGUUGAUGAGCCCGGGGCGAAGCUCACAGUGCCGAAGAAUAAGGGCCGCGAGAGCAUGGUGUAUCUGACCUACAUCAUCGACCACUACGACAAACUCCCCGACAACAUCCUCUUCCUCCACCCCACCCGCUUCCAGUGGCACAACGACGACCCCGACUACGACGGCCUGCCCAUGCUGCGCCGCCUGCAACUCCCCCUCCUCGAAGCCCAGGGCUACCUCAACCUGCGCUGCGCCUGGCAGCUCGGGUGCCCCGCCGAGAUCAAGCCGCUGGCCGAAGAAGGCGAGCACCGCGCCGCCAUCCACGCCGGCGGCGACUACAAAGCCGCCUUCGAAGUGCUGUUCCCGGAGCGCCCGGUGCCGCGCGAGGUGGGCGUGAGCUGCUGUGCGCAGUUUGGCGCGACGCGCGAGAAGAUCCGGGCGCGGCCGCUGGCGGAUUAUGUAAGGUUUCGCGCGUGGUUGCUGGAUACGCCGCUCGCGGACAGUAUCAGUGGAAGGAUUUUCGAGUACUCGUGGCACAUGGUGUUUGGUAAGGAGCCCGUGCACUGCCCCAGCGCGAAGGAGUGCUAUUGCAGAGUCUUCGGACUGUGCGACUUGGAUUGCAGGGAGGAGGGGAGCUGUGAGGGAAGGUAUAUUCUGCCGCCCUUUUCGAGUCUGCCCCAGGGGUGGCCGCUAGUGGGGUGGAAGGGUGAGCCGAGGAAGAGGAUGGGGAGUGAGGGGUGAGAGGGCGGGUUCGUUGCAUGAUCGUUGGGUGCGAAGGUGGCUGCUUGUUGGCUGGAAGCCCGAGCCAAGAGGAUGAACGGCGAAGAAUGAUCGAGCCGGUUUCUUACUUCGCAGCGUUCUUACUUCUCAGGCAUGUCGCCGUCGGGUACGAAACCCUUCGCAGUCUGCAAUAGGGAUGGCCUCGUUGGCCAGGAAGGCGAGCUAAGGCGAAGGAUGGGCGGCAAGAGUGAUCUCUGGAUUUCCUACUUCUCAAGCGUCCCUCCGUUGGACACGUCUCACG